CAAGUUUCCACUCGUGGGGCGGGGGGAGGCGGCGGGCGCGCGGCGAGCUUCGGGCCGCGCGGCUCCGCUUCGUUCACUGCGGGCUUCGGACUCGGGCUGGCCCGCGGCGUCCUCGUCCCUCGGGAAGGCUUCGCGAAGGCCCCGCAGCGCGUCCUCCGGCUGAGGCCCACUCGACCCCCGCCCGUGGCGCAGACCCCUCCUGGGCGGCCGGGAGACCAGCUCUCGCUGCGGUCACGGUUGCUGGCGCUCGAGCCCCGGCCUCGCCCCGCCACUGGCGGGCCGCGGGAGGAGGGGGCGCGGGGCGGCCCCGCCUUCCCCCCCCGAGGAGGCGCCGGGCGGCCAUAUUGCCGAGCUGUCUGCGGCGGCUGCGGCGCGUCUUCUCGCAGGCGGCCCGGGGCUCGCACCGCCGACUCUCCGCUCGCUCGCCGCCAGCCGCGACGCCCCCGCCGAGCCGCGCCUCAGCCAGUCGGCGGCGGGCAGGGAAGGAGCCACUAAUUUUCGGGGCUAUAAUUGUUUAUAGAAGUGAAGAGUUUCUAAAGAAGGUAACAAACAAGAAAAAGAAAAUGCCGAAGCCAAUCAAUGUAAGAGUAACUACAAUGGACGCUGAGCUAGAGUUUGCCAUUCAGCCCAAUACAACUGGCAAACAACUUUUUGACCAGGUUGUAAAAACAGUUGGUUUACGUGAGGUCUGGUUUUUUGGGCUGCAAUACGUAGAUAGCAAAGGAUAUUCUACAUGGCUAAAACUGAAUAAAAAGGUAACACAGCAAGAUGUUAAAAAAGAAAAUCCUUUACAAUUCAAGUUUAGAGCUAAAUUCUUUCCUGAAGAUGUUUCUGAGGAAUUGAUUCAAGAAAUAACACAGAGACUUUUCUUCUUGCAAGUUAAAGAAGCCAUCUUAAAUGAUGAGAUCUAUUGCCCACCAGAAACUGCAGUUCUUUUGGCUUCGUAUGCUGUUCAAGCCAAGUAUGGCGAUUAUAAUAAAGAGAUUCACAAACUAGGCUAUCUGGCUAAUGACAGACUCUUACCACAGCGUGUUUUGGAACAACACAAACUGACCAAAGAGCAGUGGGAGGAGAGAAUACAGAACUGGCAUGAGGAGCACAGAGGGAUGCUAAGGGAAGAUUCGAUGAUGGAAUACUUGAAGAUUGCACAAGAUCUCGAGAUGUAUGGUGUCAACUACUUUGAAAUCAAGAAUAAGAAGGGUACAGAGCUGUGGCUGGGUGUUGAUGCUUUAGGUCUGAAUAUUUAUGAGCAUGAUGACAAGUUAACACCUAAAAUUGGUUUUCCCUGGAGUGAAAUCCGAAAUAUUUCAUUUAAUGACAAAAAAUUCGUUAUAAAGCCAAUUGACAAAAAGGCACCUGAUUUUGUCUUCUAUGCACCUCGUCUGAGAAUCAAUAAGCGAAUUUUGGCCUUAUGUAUGGGAAACCAUGAACUGUACAUGCGAAGGAGAAAGCCUGAUACGAUUGAAGUACAACAGAUGAAGGCUCAGGCCCGGGAGGAGAAACAUCAGAAGCAGCUAGAAAGGGCACAAUUAGAGAAUGAAAAGAAGAAACGAGAAAUAGCAGAAAAGGAAAAGGAAAGAAUAGAACGUGAAAAGGAAGAGCUGAUGGAGCGUCUACGGCAAAUCGAAGAGCAGACAAUGAAAGCCCAGAAAGAGCUAGAGGAGCAGACGCGGAAAGCUCUGGAACUGGAGCAGGAGCGCCAGCGAGCGAAGGAGGAGGCAGAGCGGUUAGACAGGGAGCGCCGGGCUGCGGAGGAGGCCAAGUCUGCAAUAGCCAAGCAAGCUGCUGACCAGAUGAAGAACCAAGAGCAGCUGGCAGCAGAACUUGCCGAAUUCACUGCCAAGAUCGCACUUUUAGAAGAAGCCAAGAAGAAGAAGGAAGAGGAAGCUACUGAGUGGCAGCACAAAGCUUUUGCAGCUCAGGAAGACUUGGAAAAGACCAAAGAAGAGUUAAAAACUGUGAUGUCUGCACCUCCUCCCCCGCCCCCGCCCCCAGUCAUUCCUCCCACAGAGAACGAGCAUGAUGAGCAGGAUGAAAACAGUGCUGAGGCCAGCGCAGAGCUGUCCAGCGAGGGGGUGAUGAACCACAGAAGCGAAGAAGAGCGGGUAACAGAAACUCAGAAGAACGAACGUGUGAAGAAGCAGCUCCAGGCAUUAAGUUCAGAAUUAGCCCAAGCCAGAGAUGAAACCAAGAAGACACAGAAUGAUGUUCUUCAUGCUGAGAAUGUCAAGGCAGGCCGUGAUAAAUACAAGACUCUCCGACAGAUUCGACAAGGCAACACCAAGCAGCGUAUUGAUGAGUUUGAAGCCAUGUGGGGACCCAAACUGUGUGCACUGUUCCAGAUGCGUUCUUGCCAAAGCAGCAUAAAGCAGAUGUAACAGGAUGGCUCCUCCCUCCUCAUGAGGUAAGUAUAGCUGGCAGCUGCUGCUGCCGUGAUCCCAUGCUCCCAGGAGACAUGCACAGAUCCUGGGGGAUUCCCUAGAACCUAUGUGUCUGUUCACCUGCUGACCAGAGCCUUUAGUUACUGUCAAGCUGAAGGAGCACGCUCUAGCGUCCCAUCCUGCGUCAUCUUUACCUUCCUGAUAGCCCGAAUCCGCCAGGUUCUUCACCAGUCAAGGACACCAUCCUCCAAUAAAUCACUUCACUGUCAGCUCGAGUUUAUGAAAGUGAGAUUUUUAUCUGUGACUGUGGUCAAGUGAUUAUUGUAAGUGCUAUCUUAGCUAGGACAUUCUCUUGCAUUUGUGAAAGACUCUGGAUAAGUGAGAAAGGGGUAUUAAUAGAGUCCCCUCACACGUGACACUUCGAUUUUUUGGAAUAUUAAAGUCAUAUGGCUAUGCUGUACCUGCAUGUUGAGUCAGAAGAUCAAAGAACUGGUUCAUAGGCCUUAUUAAUAAAGGUAUGAUGCACCUCCCUCAGUCUGGCUGUAUUUAAAAAUCGUUUUGACAUGCUCACCGUGAUGACAGAUUGCUAGAACAUUACUUAGUUCUAAAUGAAGCCGCAGCACUUCUGUUCAUCUUCGACUGUGAAGGAUGCAGGUUGAGUCUCCCAAAUGUUCUGGGAGAGUUUUCCAGACUUUUCCCCACCUGGUUACACAUGGACAUGCUUGCAGCAAUGCUUGACGGCAAGACAGGCUCCGUCAUAGCAGGGCAUCUUUUGCUCUCCUUUUGUGUGAUGGAACAGGUAUUACAUGUUCAUACAAGGGGAAGAAGUUUAGAAAUGACUUGAUUUUUAGAGUUUUUGAAGUGAGGUCCAGGUCACACUAGGCCCCCAGACUACUCUUGACAUCACUGAAAUGGUCACAGUUUGAAAGUUAACUUGAAGGCUUCAGAACACCCACCUGUGUCUGCUCCCACUCAUUUUGAAAUAGGUGUAGCCAACCAUAAAUCCAUAGAAUUCAGCUGUUCUUAUUCCCAGUAUUUGAACAAAAAUCUCUGCUGGAAACACAUCCUAAACACUCACAGAUUGCUACAACAUUCUCUGCAUCUUUUCAUCAUGAAACCCUGUCUUCCAGUACAGAAAGCCAUUUACCCUAUUUUGUUUGAUUAGUAAAAACUCCAAAUUAAAAUAGGCUGGCAGCUCUGCUACUGUCUCAGUGACUUUCACCUGCUGAUAAUGUGCCCUUCAAGGUAAUGCCUCUGAGGGAGGCUGUCACCAAGCUAUUGUUGUCAAAAGAAGAGAAGGAAAAGGGGCCUGUGUGACUCACCAGAGCCACCAAGCUCAAAUGACAGAAAAAUUCAUGAAGGGACCGAGGGAGCUGGCAGUCACUGCCUCUUCCAGUCUGAAAUGUCAUAGUUGUCAGCCUUGGAAGGGCUGCGGCCUCUGCAGUUGGUUGUUAGUGGAACAGGACUCAGUUGUCCCUUUUGGCCCUGGUUCUUCCAUCUUUAGGGCUUCCUUCCAGAACUGUCAUCCAGUCUGCCUGUGGAAUUCUGUUGGCAAGAAUUUAGAGGUGACAUCCAAAGCCCCAAACAGGAACUAGCUGGCUGGCUCGCUGAGUGGUGGCGCCUCCUACAGUCUAAGGACCAAAUUAUAACCAAAUGACUGAUCAGUCUAGUGGGCUGGUGGCUCAGUGAUCCUGUGUGGGUCACAGGCUUCUUGUUCUUCACAUUCAGGCCUUAGGUUCUCUGCGAGGCUCUGGGCCGAUUUUUUGUUUAAAGGCCAGAUUAGAUCUGACCUCAGGUUUCUGUGUGUGGGGGUCCUUGAAACAGGAAAUGACCUGAGGUGUGUACACGUGGAGCUAAUGCCGGCAGAUGAGGCCACGCCUCAGGCUCUCCUCCCUACCCUCUCCUUAAUAUCAGAAAUGCCUGUGACUGUACCUUUCCAUCCAUCACAUGAUUCUAGGGUCAGAAUGUUCCCAAGCCUGUUGUUGAUUUCUUUUGAGGCCCUGAACAGUUCCAGCCCGUCUGAGGUCAGAGAGCAGCCCGUGCCGCCUGGCCUCUCUUCAGCAGCAUUCCACCCCCUGCACAGCCCCUCAACAUUCCCAGAGUGCUGAACACGAACUCGCAAGGCCAUGCCCUUGGCAACCCAUCCUGGCAAUAUUUAAGUUGAAGUUUCUUCUUUCUCCCUGACUGUCCUGUCAUCUUUCUAUACAGGUCCCAGGUGGCUAACCCACAGUGGGCUGUAGACUAACGGUGUACUGAGACAGCCCUGAGUCUUGAACACAUCCACUCCCACACUCUGGCAUCUCCAUCAGCCAGGGCUCUUGCUGAUGCUCCUUCCCUCCCCUGUUUGCUGUGGGUUUCCCUUUUCCUGUUACUGUCUUCGUGUACUUUUUCACUGCCUUUCCUAGCACCAGAGCUAAGGAGAUGGAUCAGGACCUGGGAUGUCUGCAGCCCUGUAGUCCUGAGACAACAUCUGCUGAGCUCAGCUUUAAGAUGCCACUCUCUCAAACAUGCUGGAAGGCAUAAGCUCCUGGAAAUCCUCCAUCUUCCCCCUCCCUCCAAUACCCUUUUUCUGCAUGAUUAAUUAGUUCAUAAGGUGGAAUAUAUGGGGAGAGUUUUCAAGACUUUACAACUUUUUAAAAAAAAUGUAUGUGACUUAUCUUUGGCUUUUCUCUGAGAACAAACUUGGUGGUAUAAAUCUCCUUCCAUAUGCAUUCCUGUGGAAUCUGCAGAAAUCAAUGUGAUAUACCCUCUCCUGUCUGGGCUGUUUGUAUAAUUGUAUAUACAACUAGCAAUAAAUAUAUUCUAACAUCA